CAAUGGUCUAUAAAUUUGGAUACAGAAUCCUGUACCCAGAACAAGCAAAUUCAAUCAAUAGCAUUUCGCAUUGAACGGAAAUGGUGAGGUUUCCAAUCUAUAUCUUGUUAUUUCCUAUUGUUUUCAAUCUUUUAGUUAUAUCCACUGGUUUAUCAUUAGCUGAACUUGAAUCAAAAGUACUAUUUAGCUGGAAAACCAGUAUGAAAGCCUCCAAUUUGGAUUCUUGGUUACUCGACACCGACAAUGAGACCAGCCAUUGCAGGUGGGCAGGUGUUCAAUGCGAUAAUGAUGGAAGUGUAAUUGAGAUAAACCUUUCAAAUUUCAGUUUGAACGGUACUCUCGAUGAAUUAAACUUCUUGUCAUUACCCUAUUUAACCCACCUCAAUCUUAGUUUGAACAAUCUUCAAGGUAAAAUCCCCAAGUCCAUUGGCAACCUUUUGAAGCUCAAUGUCUUGGAUUUAGGUAUCAACAUGUUUACGGGUUCGGUGUCAGUGGAGAUUGGCAAUCUCACAGAGCUUCAUAGCAUUUCUCUUAGAAGCAACAACCUCUCCGGCCCGAUCCCUUAUCUGCUAGGUCAACUGAAAAAGGGCGAUAUGACGAUUCUAACCUCAAGCUACCUGGGCACUACUCCUAAAGCUGGGGCACUGGCUCUAAAGCUAGGGCACUGUGCUAUUACUGAGAAACAUAAAAAAAAAAAAAAUUCAAAUGCAGGAUCGAAGAAUGGAAUCCUUGAAUUGAGAGGCAAUUUUGGGAAAAUAAAAAAAGGUUCAGUUCCUCAUGAUGUUGGCUUAAUCUCUGGUCUCAAAGCACUACACCUGAGUGGAAAUGAUAUUUUGGGUGGACCUAUCCCAUCAUCUCUCGGACAACUUCGAGCUCUUGAGCAUCUAGACCUUUCCACGUGUGGGUUGAAUUCUGGCAUACCAUCUCAGCUUGGGUUUUGCACAAACCUAAAACACUUAUAUUUGUCUGGAAAUAAUAUAAAAGGUUCUUUACCACCAUCUCUUGCUGCAUUGAGUAGAAUUUUUGAGUUCUAUAUUGAUGGGAAUAUAAUCAUUGGUGCCAUUCCUGGGUGGAUUUUCACUAAUUGGACUAAUCUAAGAAGCUUGAGUCUCAGAGAAAACUCAUUCAUCGAACCAAUCCCCCCAGAAAGUGGUCUUCUCAAGAACCUUCGUUGGCUAGAAAUAUCUUCGAAUACGUUUUCUGGACAUAUCCCUUUGCUAAUAGGGAAUCUAACAAAUCUUGAAAUCUUGAAUCUUUUCAGUAACAAGCUCAAUGGUUCACUCCCUUCCUCAAUUGGAAAUCUUUGCAAACUUCGUUACUUAUUCCUAUCUGGCAACCAUCUCACAGGUUCUCUUCCGUCAGAACUGUGGAACCUUGAAGCCAUUAAGGUCUUAGAUGUAUGCUCAAAUAUUUUCAAGGCAACGAGUCAAAAAACUCACGACACUUCAUGAACACGAGUUGUCUCAAAUUUCCGAAUCAGGAUCCAUCCCCAACUCCAUAGGAGAUUUGGUGAAUUUGAGUGUGCUUGAUCUUGCUGGAAAUAAAUUGAUGGGGCCUAUUCCAA